GAGCAUCUUUCAGGGGGAUGUGUUUUUUUCUUCUCUCGACCCUCCAUCAUCAUCAUCAUCACGAGGAUGAUCAUUCUGCCUGGAACGAAGCCAGAGAAGUGACUGACUGCAUCAUCUCUCUUGCUGUCCAAACAAGGGCAAACAGAUCCCGGACGUCACCCCGCCAUGGGCAGGAACAAGAGAACCAGUCCGAUUGACAAGCGCGCCAUCUAUCAGCCUGACGCGGCCCAGCUGGAGUGAGGCGAUUUUAUUUUGUUGUCGCUUCUCUGUCCGGAUUUCCGUUGUUUCAUAUCUGCAAAAUGUCAAACCCUGAGGGACCGUCAUGGCCGCCUGCUCGUCUGUCCUGGCUGAACUUCUUCAUCCUGGCUUCCGGAGUGGCACUGGUCACCGGUCAGCACGUCCAGUACACCUCGGUCACCACAAAUUACGGAAAACUGCGCGGGUUCCGGGCGGCAUUGCCCAGUGAGAUCCUGCGCCCUGUGGAGCAGUAUCUGGGCGUUCCGUACGCCAUGCCCCCUACAGGAGAAAGACGCUUCCAGGCUCCCGAACCACCCAAUUCCUGGUCAGGCAUCAGGAACGCCACGCAGUUUGCCUCUGUUUGCCCUCAGUUCCUGGAGGACAGGUUCCUGUUGAGUGACAUGCUCCCUGUUUGGUUCACGGCGAAUCUGGACACGGUGGCCACGUACGUACAGGACCAGAGUGAGGACUGCCUGUACCUGAACAUCUACGUGCCCACGGAUGAAGAUGUGAGUGGUGACGACGAGGACGUGCUGAAGCCGGUGAUGGUGUACAUCCACGGGGGCUCUUAUGUCGAAGGCACGGCGAACGUGAUCGACGGGAGCGUCCUUGCUAGCUACGGCGAUGUCAUCGUCGUCACCGUCAACUACAGACUGGGAGUGUUAGGGUUCUUGAGCACAGGCGAUCAAGCUGCCAAGGGGAAUUAUGGACUCUUGGACCAGAUUCAGGCUCUCAGAUGGGUGAAAGAGAACAUCCAGGCUUUUAAUGGAGAUCCUCGAAGAGUGACAAUAUUCGGGUCUGGAGCUGGAGCGUCGUGUGUCAGCCUCUUGACUUUGUCGCACUAUUCAGAAGAUCUGUUCCAGAAAGCAAUCAUCCAGAGCGGUACAGCUCUAUCUAGCUGGGCCGUUAACUACCAGCCGGCCAAAUACACGCGAAUGCUGGCCGAGAAGGUCGGGUGCAACGAGGACGACUCCAUGGAAAUGAUCCAGUGCCUCCAGAAUAAGAACUACAAAGAGCUCGUCGAGCAGAACAUAACUCCUGCCAAGUACCACAUUGCUUUUGGGCCUGUAAUUGAUGGAGAUGUUGUGCCAGAUGACCCACAGAUCCUGAUGGAGCAAGGCGAGUUUCUGAAUUACGACAUCAUGCUCGGGGUAAACCAGGGCGAGGGCUAUAAAUUCGUGGACGGUAUCGUGGACAGUGAGGAUGGUGUUGCUGGAAAUGACUUUGAAUUCGCCGUGUCAGAUUUUGUCGAUAACUUGUACGGAUACCCGGAAGGGAAGGAUACCCUGCGGGAGACAAUAAAGUUCAUGUACACGGACUGGGCAGAUAAGGAAAAUCCAGAAACCAGGCGUAAAACGUUGGUUGCGCUUUUUACGGAUCACCAGUGGGUGGCGCCUGCCGUGGCCACCGCGGACCUGCACGCUCAGUACGGCUCACCUACGUAUUUCUAUGCCUUCUACCACCAUUGCCAGAGUGAAAUGAAGCCGGCCUGGGCGGAUUCUGCGCAUGGAGACGAGCUUCCGUAUGUCUUCGGUAUUCCGAUGAUCGGCCCGACAGAUCUCUUCAGCUGCAACUUCUCUAAGAAUGAUGUAAUGCUUAGCGCUGUGGUUAUGACCUACUGGACUAACUUUGCCAAAACCGGAGACCCUAACCAACCAGUUCCCCAGGAUACAAAAUUUAUUCACACCAAACCUAAUCGCUUUGAAGAAGUGGCCUGGUCCAAGUACAAUCCCAAGGAUCAGCUGUAUCUUCACAUUGGUCUCAAGCCACGUGUCCGGGACCACUACAGGGCCACAAAGGUUGCUUUCUGGCUGGAGCUGGUGCCGCAUUUGCACAACAUCAACGAACUUUUCCCGUAUGUCUCGUCGACCACCAAGAUCCCUCCACAAGAUACGACUCCUUUUUCAUACACCAAGCGCUUAUCUACCAAGCUUUGGCCAUCUACCACGCGGCAUCCCUCGGUUCCAUCGCCCAACAUCAAGCAGUCCACAGACCAGCAGAACAAUUUAAAGCAUGAGGACAGCUCCGUUACCAUAGAAGCCCGAGACUAUUCCACCGAAUUGAGCGUCACUAUCGCCGUCGGAGCAUCCUUGCUCUUUCUAAACAUCCUGGCGUUCGCAGCCCUCUACUACAAGAAGGACAAGCAUCGAUUUGAGUCCACACGCCGUCCGAGUCCACCGAGGAACCUUGCUAAUGAUGUGCCAAGGGUUCCAAGCGAGGAUCUAAUGUCCUUGCAGAUGAAGCAACUAGAUCACGACCACGAUCAUGAUUGUGAGCCAUUGCAAGGGCACGACAUGCUGCGGCUCACUUGUCCCCCGGACUACGCCCUCACUUUACGCCGCUCUCCGGACGACUUCCCGAUCAUGACGACAAACACCAUCACUAUGAUCCCCAAUUCUCUAUCGGGGAUUCAGUCGCCGUACCAUCCUUUUAACCCAUAUGCCAACAGCACUCCAAGCAAUAUCGGCCUCCCUCAUGGACAUUCUACCACUAGAGUAUAACUCAGUGUCCAUGACUGUACUUUACAGGCAGCAGAUUAUUAUUUAAGUCAAACAGAGUGCACCUGGUUGCUCUGAGACGAGCACCAAAGGUGUUAUUUUAUUACUGACUACUCUAAGAACUAUCUCAAAUAACCUGUAUAAUGUGAACAAUGAAUGUAAUGAUUUUCACGUUUAUGGCAAAGCCAAGUACGCAUAGGAUUCCACUUUAAUCUCUAACGCUAUGGUACCCGAUACGGAAACGCGAUGUUUGUGUCCUGAUCUCUUGGCUUAAAUUGUGAAGCUGUGAAGAGUUCUUCUGAGAUACCAUCAAUCCUCAGAACAGUAAUAUCAUCAGUAAUAUCAUUUGCUCAGAUGGAAGCAAUAGUAGCAAUAGCUGGGGUCUUUAUGGCUGUCCUAAGUACUGAGGUCAACAUUACAGCAAAAUUUUAUUUCAAUAAAUAAUAUAAUUAGGCUUAUGCAACUAUAAAACCUAUUAUUUAACUUAAAAAUUGUAAUUGAUUUACGUCAAAGCUACAGAUGCUGGGACACCGUUGGUUUUUGAUUGUUUUAAAAAGUUAGCAUGACUUGGAUGAAAUGAUGUCAGAACAAUAUCGAGUACAUGAUGACGUUGAACAAACGACCCAAACACAAUGCGGCAAAAACUACCCAAUCUCUGAUCGGAAUUCUUAACCCCGCGAGAACUCUAAGGGAGCACGGAUGUGCUGAGGUGUUGUUCCAGUGGAUGUUAAUCGGCAUAAACGCUCCAAAUAAAGGUUACAGUUACAUUGUUUUUCCAACAGUUUUGUUCCAGUCGUUCAUUCAGAGUUAUGUCAACGUCAAUUCAUCGUUAAAGUUAAUCUAACUUUUAAAAACAACCUUGUGCCAACAAACAAUAGUUAAUUUAUUAUUUUGGCCUAAAAAGAAUAUAUUGAUAAAUUUUCUUUUAUAAAAUACUGAACCCAAAACGUUCUCCAUUAAGCUUUGAAGAGGUCAUGUGGUGUGUCCCGAGAGCCCUAUGGACAUGAGAGAUGAGGAAAAGGGGCGGGGCUUCCCUCCAUAUUAUGGAGUUUAAAACACCUUUGCAAAUAAUUCCAGAUGAACACGUUUAUGCGCUUCUCAUCUGGUUGAUGGGGGAGAAAAUAACUGCAGAUUCUGGUAUCCACUGCAGCAGUAACUCAUACAUAAUGUAAACAGAAUAAGCUCUCGUGGACAUCGUGUAGCGACGACUUAAUGGUUAUGUCGCACAAGCCUAAUUAUAAUCUCUUCUCAUAAUAGUAUUUUCUGAUAUUCUUUACAUCUAAGUGAACAUUAGAGGUCCAGAGGUCAUUGUUACGCUCAUACAGUUUCAAUUCCAGACAAAGAGAUCAGAGAGCGGUGUAAAUAUCUGUGCCAUGUCUUGAGUGCUUAUACUGUAAAUCUUACGAGCUUAGCUCCUAAAGGUAAUUGCCUUAAACGGGCAAUAAUACAAACCUGUUUCUCAGUCCAAAUAAUGCUUAUUUAAGAGCCUAAAGUAAUGUAUAUAGCUUAGGAUAAAGCACAAAAAUGAAGAAAAGGCUAGUGCUUGUAUUGUUGUUUCUCUUCUAAAGACAUCCGCUUCACGCAGACGCUGUCCCUCUUCUCCACUCCAUCCAUUCCUCCCAUGCUGUCGCUGUUUCGGAUCUCGCCCUCAUGCCGUCCCCGUUCUUCUCUGCCUCAAAGGCUCUCAACGUCUUCUGUGAGUUUCCAAAAAAAAAGGAAAAAAGGUCCAAAAAUGGAGUUACUCGUGCGAAUGUCAAACUUUGCCAGUCCUCAGGAAGUGUCAACAGACAUGCUGUCAUUUAUUUACUGCCUACACGUCACGGUGGAGACACGCCGCAGGAUUUUAUAGCCCAGCUGUUUUUAUCCACAUUUCCAGGUUUUGUAGCUGGUUAUACUGUAGCGAGAAGGUUUAAUUUAAGCCUGAGCGCAGUUAAAGCUGCAGAAUUUAGCACCCUACGCUUAACAGUUGCUUCAUUUACAGAGAAAUCAAUGCGUGAUGCUUGAUUUGUCCACCAAUAAAGUCUCACAAGGGCAAGGAAUCAUAGAGACAUUUUGAAGAACCAUCUGCAGUGUGUUGAUGUCCUACAGCACAGCCCUUUAAAACCUCUGCUCAGAAAUUCUGAUCAAAGGGUGAAGCAAUUUACAUAGAAGCUUUUUUUGUUUUUUAAUUCUAGAAAGACUACUAAAGAUUCUUCAGGGUCCAAGCACCUUGCUUCUCAUUAGCCACGUCUAAUGCCUGCUGGAUUCAGAUUGGCCGACGACAGCCAGGCUCUUGGAUAGCAUGAAAACGAUGGAGUCUAGUAAAAUAACUGCUGAGGUUCGAUUUUAAUAAGUCUUGUAAAAAUGCAACAGUCAUAAGACUAGUUCACAGAAACUUAACAAAAUAGUUUCUACGGUAUAACUUUUGUCUGAAAGUUUAAGAGAGGAAAAACUGAAGUGAAUCUGCGUCUUGUUGAUGCAACAAAUUAAACAGGUUUGAGAUCACACGUCUCAUGUUUGCAAGUGAAAAUAAAUUGGAACUGAAAAUAAGUUGCAAUUUUGGUAAUUUUGGUCAUGAAUAGCAUCAGAUGCUUGCCAAUCAAAAACCUUUGCUUGCAAGUGCUGUUGGAUGUACUGGGUGGGGUCUACGCUGGGGGGAGUGGUAGCUUAAUGGGGACGAUACAAAAUUAGUCAGUGAUGGUGAAAAACGCAUGAUAUUAUUAGCGAGCUAUUAAAGGCAUUUGAAUCUGUGCCAAACCACAUUAUAAAUCAACGUACACGUUUUUCACCGUCUGUGAUUUUUAAACUCUGUGUCGCUAACCUCUUAACCUCUUAUCCAGCGUAGACUCCCGCCCACUGCAUUCAACGUAACUCACACGCAACGGUUUCUGAUUCGCAAGCAUCUGAUCAAAUUUGUGACUAUAAUUUUAUUUAAUGCAACUUGCAACUUACAUUUUAUUAAAAUUUGUUUUGAUUCAAAAAGAUGAUGCUUUUAAAUUUGUUGUACAUUGUUUCAUUAAAAAAGAAAAAAUUCACUAUCCAUCUAUUAAGGAGAAAGGCAUAUUGAAACUAUACAGUUCCAUUUCCUUGGUGCUUGGACCCCUAAUUACUGCUGAAGGCGCAUCUUCUUGCAACUGCAUGUCAGGGGGCGUGGCCUAUUAUAUAAUCACAGUUUUUUUCCACAACCAAUUGGCAGUUAUAGCUGAAGUUGAUAAUAUAAAGGGAAUGUUUGGUUUCAGGGUAAUACUCAUCUCAUCGCGUUUGAAUGAUUUCUUCACGUACAGCUUCUAAACCUUACAUUGAUGUGUUUUUCUUCCUUUAUUAUAAGGCUGUCCUUGUAUAUAUUUAUUCUUCUCCUGUAUUUUCAAGCUGGAUUUAUUUAAUCUGAAAAGGAUUAUAUAAAGAUUAUAAUUUCAAUCUAUUAUAAAUGUCUAUUGUCUUACCAGUAAUUAUUCUCCACCCGAGGUUAAAGUUCAUGGUGAUGUAAUAACAAACCGUCGAGCUUUGUUGUUGUUGUACAUCUGUGCUCUGAUGAACACAUCCAGGCUAUAUCGGUGUGAACUGGAUGAUAUUAUGGAUAUUUGUUAUCCGAGUCAAAUCACUUCGAAAUAUCAUUACAGGUCACACUAAUCCAUCUUUAAUAUGGCUUCACAAUCAAAGCUCUGAUGCUGGUCUGAUGUAGCAGAAGAAUAAUGUGAACCGUGUAAACCUUGAAGUCACCUAAACAGGACUGACCGAGGUUUCGGCCCAGGUCAAAAUCGACCCGUUAGACAGCAGGGUAAACUCGCAAUUAUUUUUGAAAUGUUUGCUUUUGGCUCGCCAUGUAUGAGACU